UGAGAUCGUCUCGCGUGGACUUAGACGGCCUUUCUUCUGUCUUUUUACUUUCCACUAGUAUUAAUGGUAUUACCCACCGCUCGACAAAGUCUAUUAGGAAAGGCGAUCAUUGUUACUCGCGCGUGCGGCAAAGUAGACGGAGGAUCUAUCCGUAUCACAACCACCAGCUAAAAGGACUUUUGCCUUCGGUAGGAUAUAUAAAAGUCAAGAUGCAUGGCGACUUCACGUUCACGGUUAAUGACUACUUAACCAACCCUAAUGUCAAUAUGAUGCUUCCUUACCGCAGCUCUGGUUCGACCCCAGUCAUGCAGACCCUUUCGCCAGAGCUGUCUCCUCCCGCAAGCGAUUCUAGCCCUGUUGAUUCAAGUAGCGUCUCGAGUCAUGAUGUCGAGUCUGUCAAGCCAACGGCGAUACAUAUGCAGACUGUCUUCUCCUCGCAGACCGGAGAGGCUCAUCCUUCGCAGCAGCAUUCGGCCCAAGUAUGGGAAUCCCAUAAAGAUGAAAUACGGCGACUGUAUUUAGAAGAGAACAGGCCACUGAAGGAAGUCAUGGCGAUAAUGCGUCAAAAGGGGUUUCGGGCAACUGUCAGAAUGUACAAAUCGCGCUUCGACAAGUGGGGUUUUAGUAAAAAUAACAGCAAGAAGGACGUUAUCGCGAUGUUACAAGUCCAACGUCAACGAAAUGCUGUCGGCAAACGCACAGCCUUUCAUCGCAACGGAAAGGAGGUGGCCAUCGAUGCUUACCUCAAGAGGAAAGGGAUCUCGCAAUACGAUCUCGUAGAACCCGGCCUGGCCGAGAAUCUCCCCGAGAACUUACGCUGCCUCACACCACCCCCCGAAAGCCCCAAGGUCUUACAUGCCCCAGGUAAUCUGUCGCUACAGGAACUCGUCUUACAAUGCGCGAGAGAUUUGGCCUGGAAUUGGUACUGUCCGCCUGAUACCCCAUUAGUUGCUUGCGCAGCCCAUUAUCGUGGAGACGAGUUACGUUGUGCGAUCACAGAUAUUACGAAUGCGGACUGGCUAUUCUCUGUUGGGCAGUAUGAAAGGGGUGGUGCAAUGUGCGAGCAAGGUUUCAAGUCUUUGCACUUGGUUUUUAAAAAGCCAUCGAUAUAUGGAUUGCUGCAUUUGUUAAUCACUGUGCUUGAUGCCUCGAAUAAAGGGGUUGUCAAGGAAAUUUGGCGAUACCUUUCAGCAUACGCGUCUGCCGUUCGACUCGAUGGGCCUAUGGCGCGACUCUUUCAGGGAAUGUGGAAAUAUCUCAGCACCCAUGAAUAUGAGGAGUUCUGGGACUUCAUUUUCGAGUGUACCGAAAAGCUCCUUCAAGUCGAGGAACAUCAUUCUGGCCUCCCGGCGGAUACGUUACCAAGGCUUUAUCCUAUAUUGUUCAUUCCACGAGCUUACCAAUACCAGUCCCAGCCCUAUCGUCGUCUUCAGAGCCGCUGCGACUUUAAGCGACUAGUCCAAGGGCCCAUGCCAACGGCGAUAGAGGAAUUGACCGUUUUUCAGGCAACCGAACUACUCAUUCUAGGAAACCAGACGUUAUGGCAAGGCGAACGCGUUUUCGAGCUUGCCAAUACGGUCCUCGAGAACACGAAGGGCAUUGCAUACAACACCGAAUUCUUCAUUUACAUCGCACUAACUUCGCUAGCCCACUACCACAGGAAUCAAUUUUUACUGAAGAAAGAUCCGAUUUCCAAGGAAUCAAACCACCAAUUAUCGGUACACUACCUUGAACAAAUUGUCUCGGUGAUGGAGGGUCGAUGGGAUCCCGAUAUGGGAUACCUUCUCGGCGAGUUGGAGCGGUUGGAGCAUUGGUAUAGGGAAGCGGGCGACAUUGCUCAAGCAGAUGCCGCGCAUACCAGAUGGGAGAACGCUCUGGAAGCGAUACCGAAGGACUUCGUUAGAGGGAAAAAAGGCAUAUUGCAUUAGUUCCUGGAACACCAGAGGACAAUACGCCACCACUAAGUCGCAGGAUUUAGGAGCCUAUCAUGGAAAUGAGUGGCUGUGUAUAAGGUAUGUAUUGACAUAUUCGUUCUUAUAGGGAUUUGGUUUUGGAUAGCGCCGGUGUUACGGAUAGGUAACAAACUGCAUGGCGCUGCAAGUCUCUAUUUGCUCCUAUUAGGGAUAAAACAAAUCUUGAGCCUAGUUGGUGUCGUCUGCUUAUUAGCAGUCUAUGUAUAUCUACAGAAUACAGAAUACAGAAUACGGAAUAAAAAUGCAUUGCACAUAUUCAAC